AUGCCACCGCACCCCCGCAGCUGUUUCGCCGCCCCUCCUCUAGACCACACCGCAGUUACCCACCGCAACCAGCAGUUCCCGCCACUCAUCGCCCGCACCACCCGCACCGCGACCGCCGCCCCCUCCCCACCAAGCCAGCCCCCGCCCGCCGCCAUCGCAGCCGAAGCAGUUAGCCCCCGCAGCCCCCCCCACGCAGCCGCAGUCGCGCAGUUAGACCGCCCCCCCGCAGCUACUCCGCCAGCCCACUCAAAUACCCCCCCCGAAGUCCCUUCUCCCAGCACGCAAGUUAGUGCCACGCCGCACCCGGCAGUUGCGCAGUUCCCCAACCCGCCCGCACCCGCAGUUCUCCCUGCCCGCAGGCGCCCCCGCCACCGCAGCCCGCAGCCCCCCCGCCACACCCCCCACCCCAGCAGUUCCGCAGCCCCCCCCCGCACCCGUCCCCCCGCCUCCCCCCCUCUACCCGCAGCCAGUUAUCCCCCCGCGCCCAUCCCGCAGCACACGCACCCCCGCCGAACCCACCAUCCGCCCAGGCAGUUCCGCCCAGGCCCGCAGCCCCCGCAGCCGCAGACCGCCCCCCGCCGGCCCCCGCCAGGUUCCCCCACAGCAGCCCGGCUGCCCGCCGAACGCCUCGACAGUCCGCACCAGUUGCAGCGCCCGCUGUUACCCGCCGGAAACGACCCGCACCCACCCAAGCACGCAGUUCCCCACCGCCCCCCCCCGACGCAACCGCCCCCAACACCCCAUCCGCAGUUCGGCACCGCCGCCGCUCCCCCCGCAGUACCGCUGUCCCCCCCCCACGACUCAGCCCCCCCCCUCCCGCGCAGCUCCGCGCCCCGCCGCCACCCCCACCCCCCCACCGCCGCCCCCCACCACCCCAACCCCAACACCCGCAGUCCGAGCCGCAGUCACCCCCGUCCCGCAGUCCCCCUGCAGUUCCCCCACGCAGCCCCACCCCGCACACGCACACCCCCCGCAGCACGCAUGUUCGGCCCCCCACCGCCGGCCUGCAGGCAACCGCGCGCCGCAGCCCCCCACCGCGCAGUUCCGCCCACCACCCAACGCGCCCGUAGCAGCCAUCCUCCGACACCCAGCCCGCAGUUCGACCGCAGCGCUCGUCGCACACCCCCGCCCGCAAGGCCCCCCCCAGCAGCGGCCGACGCCGCAGUUCCAGCUCACAUCCGCCCGCCCAACACACGCAAGCCCGCCUCCCCAACCAGCGCAGCAGACUGGGUCCACAGCUUCCGACAGAGACCCGCCGAGACCCCGCUCCCACCCACCACGAAAUCCCUCCCAAGAAUCCCACGCACCACCCCGCGUCGCACCCCCCGCAGGCCCCCGAACCCCGCUGUAGUCUCCGCAGACGCCAAGCGCCCAACGCCACCCCCCACCCGCAGCCCCCCACGCAGCCCCCCCGACCUCCCCGCAGUACCCCGCCGGCUACCACCCGCAGCCCAACCACCCCGCAGGCGCGCAACCCCCGCCGACCCGCAGCCAACCGUCCCCGACCCCCGCCCCCGCCGGAAGUUCACCGCGACAGCCCGCGCAGCCACCCCCACGCAGUUCCCCCGCACCCCUCCCGCUGCCACCCGCCCCACCCCGACCCCCCCCACCCCACACAGCACACCCCAACCGAAACAAAUACCCCCAGACGACUGCACACACACGCAGUCCCGCGCAGUCCCCAGUAGCAGGCCCACCCCCCCCGCCAGGCCCCCCCCCCCACACGCACACGCAGUCCCCGCCGCCCGCAAGCCCGCCCGCCCCCCACCCCGCGCCAGCACGCACCCCCCCGACAGCUCGCCCACACUCCCGCCCACCCCCCCCGCAGUUCACCUGCACCACACCCCCGACACGUUUCCAACAGCAGCCCCGCUAAGCCCCCUGCACACCUCCCCCCACCCCCCCACCCCCGCCCGCCCGCUCCCAGCACGCAGCCGCAGCAGUUCCCCCGCAGGCGACCCCCCGCCCACCCGCCGCCCCGCAUCCCCCCCCCCCCCACCCCGCAGUGCCACCCCCGCGCGACCACACCCCCCGCAGUUCAUCCCCCCGCCCGCCCCCCGCAGUACGCAGCCGCGAGUCCGACCCCCGCAGCCCCGCGGACCUGCCCGCGCCCCACCCAGUCAAACCCCCGCCACGCCACCGCAGUACUCAAGCGCAGUCGCCACCGCGCCCGACAGUUCGCACAGCCCCGACCGCAGUACGCCGCAGCCCCAACCGCCAUCCCCCCCAGAACGCGCCCCCCCAGCGCCCCGCACCCCCGACACAGUCUCCCCGACAGUUUCCCGCACCCCCGCGCCGCAGUUAGUUCCAGAUCGCUUUACUCAGCUUUUUAACCGAGCGCAGAGUUAA